UUUCCAAAAAAAGAAAAAAAGGAAAAAGGAAAGAAAGAAAAGGAAACAAGCCCGGUUCCCCCCUUCUCAGGUCAGCCGAUAGCCACAGUAGUACACCACCUCCGCAGCUCCCUUCCGGCACCUGCCUCCGCCGGUCGCCAAACUCGAUUACCGGUUCUUAUUUUAAAACAAGCUCGAAUCUGUUCGUACACCGUUUUGACGAAGCUACUUUGUUAUUGUUUCAUUCAUUCGAUAACGAGCCGAACUUCCAUUGUUACUGUGAACUUGCUCCAGAACUCUGGAAGAGCGAAGAACAAUGGUGGAAACAUUUUUUCAGGCCGUCUCCCUGGUCGCUGCCCCAAACUACCCAAAUGCUAUUGCAUGGUCUGAUGAGAAUUUAAUCGCCCUUGCCUCAGGCCCCCUUGUCACUAUAGUGAAUCCGGCAUCACCUUUUGGAGCACGAGGCACUAUUACAAUCCCUGCAACUGAUCCACUUCGAAUAGGGUUGGUAGAGAGAAAAGACUUAUUUUCUGACUGCUUGUUGACAACUUGCUUAUCUCGGGAUGAUCAACCUCGUGCACAGUCUGUAGCAUGGUCUCCUAUUGGAAUGGCUCCUAAUGCAGGGUGUUUGUUGGCUGUUUGCACAUCUGAAGGAUGUGUGAAGCUUUACCGUCCACCGUUCUGUGACUUUAGUGCUGAAUGGAUUGAGAUUGUGGACAUAUCAAAUAAGCUUUAUGAUUAUCUUGAAAGCAUUAAAUAUGGGGAGCUGGAUGUUCUUUCCUCUAAGUCUUCUGAUAUUCCAGCGAAGGAAAGUGGGAGUGCAGUUGAUGUCCAAGAGAAUUUCACAAAGAAGAACAGCAAGCGAAGAAAGAAAGACGAACUCAAGUCAGAGAAUUUGAUGUUCAAUUCUUACAGCAAUGAAAGCAGUUUGAAUCAAUCAUUGGAGAAAUCAAAAGAGAAGCGUCUUAGGAGGAGAAGUGAAGAUAGCUCUGUGCCUCCAUUGAUUAGUGCACAACAAUAUGCUUCUCGCAGUGCAAUGUUGUUGUCUCUUGUUAUUGCUUGGUCCCCAGUAAUAAAGCCAUCUGAUAAGGCUCAUUUGCAUCAGAAUUCAUCUGCAUGCGUUCUUGCAGUAGGAACAAAGUCUGGUAAAGUUUCAUUUUGGAAAGUUAAUGUACCAGAAUGCUACUCCCUCGCUGAGUGCAUGGUUCCAACAAGCGCUUUACUUGUUGGAAUUCUUCAGGCACACAAUUCAUGGAUCAACUGUAUCAGUUGGAUGUUGUUUGAUUCUGAUUCGUCAAGUUCAAAGGUUUUAGUGGCAACUGGGAGCACAGAUGGGAGUGUGAAGAUCUGGCAAUGUUCCUGUGAAGAGUUAUUAGCAUCUUCAGACUCUAAUUUUGCUUCAUUCUCCCUGUUGAAGGAGGUCAUUAGUGGUGAAGGAGUGCCAACUGUACUUUCACUUAAUAUGCCCAAUUUAUCCGAGCAUAAACUAUUUUUGGCCAUUGGCAGAGGAUCUGGAUCCCUUGAAAUAAGGAUAUUUAACCUAUCUAACAGUGAAUUUGAUAAUGUUUUGUUAUAUGAUGCACAUUAUCAUGUUGUUACAGGUGUAGCUUGGGCUGUUGAUGGACGUUAUUUGUUCACCUGCAGUGAGGAUAAUACUUUGCGAGGUUGGAGUUUAGAUGAGAGUUCUCUCCGUGAAGUUCCCAUUUCAUCACAUAUCCCUGAGCUUGGAGGCUCCAUUGAUCUUCCAGAUACAUUUCGGUCAUGCUUUGGCAUUGCAAUGUCCCCAGGAAAUCUUGUGGGUGCCGUGGUUCGCAACUUUGAUCUUGAAUCACUUGAUAAAAUGUACCAAGCAAGGACUCAGAAAGCUGCUGUUCAAUUCUUCUGGAUUGGAGGAGAAGAAAUAGAAGUUAUGCCAAACAGUUCGUACUUUUAUACUGAAAACUUUUCGAACAUGUCUAAGAAAGAAUUUGUUCGUUGGGAGUCCAGUAUGUUGUGGUCUUUAAAUCAACUUAAAAAUUUGAAUAAACCUAUGGUUGUUUGGGAAGUUGUUGCCGCUUUAUUGGCAUUCAGGCACUCCAUACCGGAAUAUGUUGACCACAUUCUACUUAAGUGGCUUGCAACGUCAUAUCUCCAUUGGAGUAAUGAGCUCUCUGCUACAAAGAUUUUGUCACAUAUCUCAAAAAAUGUGUCAACAUUUUCUACUCGCCAACUUCACCUCCUCAACAUUAUUUGUAGACGUGUAGUUCUGUCAGAAUCAGUACAGGAUCAAGUGAACGACGAACUGCAGAAUUUGGAUCUGCUGAGUUCAGAGAGACUUGACGACACUGAAAAUGAAAAACAUAUUUUGUGGAAGAAGUUGCUUUUAAGCAGCGAAAGAGAACUUCGUCAGAGGCUAAUCGGUCUAUGUUUUUUUGCUUGUGCAAAGCUUCGCUCACUGUCCAUUACUGAAUAUCGACCUGGGUUCUGGUAUCCCAUUGGUUUAACAGAAAUGCAGCAGUGGGUUACAUCUAACCCUGAACAUUUACAGGAAUCAAUAAAAGACGUUGCAUCACAAGCGGGAAAGAAACGUUGGAGUAAACAUUCGUCAAUGGAGCAGUGCACUUACUGUUCAGCACCGGUUCCAUUGGAGUCUCCAGAAUUUGGAGUUUGCCAGGGCGAUAAGCGCAAUCUCGGUGUCAGUCAGAGCCACAAACUAAUAAGAUGUUCUGUAUCGAUGCAGGUCUGCCCUGCUACUGCUCCCUUAUGGUUUUGCAUGUGUUGUUGUAGAAGUGCUUUUAGAUUGGCUCCAGAUAUACUUUUCCAGAUGUCUGAGACUCCCAACUUUCAUUCUUUAAAACUCUCCGAUUCAGAGAUACCCUCGAAACCGUUGUGUCCCUUUUGUGGUAUACUGCUUCAACGUCGACAGCCUGACUUUUUACUGUCAGCUUGCCCGGUGUAAGUGGUUUGGAGCUUGUAUAUAGUAGUGAUCAUAGGUGAGAAUGAUACAAGGCCAAGCAGCUUAAGUUAAGCCAAAUGAUUUAGAUAGUUGUGGUGAUUGUAGUAUUAGCACAAGCUUAGUCUAGUGUGUGUGUGUGUACAUAUAUAUAUAUAUAUAUAUAUAUAUAUAUAUAUAUAUAUAUCUGUAAUAGUUAAAUUGAUUAUAUACAGCUCAACUUAUCAAUGAUAUUAGCAUUAGACCUUGUAUUUAAA